GUUUCUGCUCUGCUCUUCUUCUUCGUGCAGCUCGACAAGCUCCCUCCCAAGCCACCGACUUCUAUUUCUUGAGAAAAUUGGUAACAAGCUUGAUUUUUCCCUUCCUUUUCUUGUUAAAGAACUGAUUUUAGGACCUAGAACCCUCCCUUUGAAGUAGGAAUUUCAGAUCUGCUCUGUUUCUUCCCCUUUGUCUGUCCGCUGUUCUGCUGGGUGUGAAUCCUUCAGGAUUUUUGUUUUCAUGAUUUCUUCUCCAGUCUUCGUCGGCCUCCAUAGCCGCCAGCUCCGGUUUUGGCUGCUGGAAAAAUACUGGUGUUGUUGUGGAUUAGAGCUCUGGGGUCGAGUUUCUUGUUUUAUGCGAAGUGAGGUAAGUAACUUAUGGUAAUGUCCUGGAUUUAAGGUAAAGCUUUUAAAAGCAAAUUUUGAUGGUUUUGAAAUGGUGGGUGGACUAAACCCGUUUUACACGAGCAUGACUGAUUUGAAGUGAAAUUUUUAUGCUUUUCAUUAAAUUAAGCAUGCUUACUUGAAAUUUAAUUGAUUGCCCUGAUGAUUUGAAAGUGAUUGGUGAAUUAUGAUUUUUCUGGUAACUUCUACCUGUUUUGUUUCCGAUGUGGUCAUGUUAUUAGUGACCCUGCUAGUGGGGGAGGUAUAAACGCUAGCACAUGUCGACAUGUUAUUGAUAGAACUGGUUCGUUCGAGUGACCCUGCUAGUGGGGGUUAUACACCAGCAAAUUCUGUAACCUGCCAGUGGGAGGUUUAUAACAUUGGUCAUGACCUAUAGAGAAGACAUCUAUUUCAUUCUCGUAUUGUAUCCGUUUUUCUGAUUACACUUGCUGGUAUGCUAUGAGUUUAAUUACGGGCUAUCCAUAUUUUAUUUACUGAGUUAUCUCACCUCGUUUUUUCUCAUCCACCAUUUCAGGUAGUGUGACCUAAGACAUGGAAAUCAAGGGGAGUGACGUGGUAGAAGGCUAGCCACUUGAGAUUUGACAUAGAUUCUAGAUAUAUAUACCAUACUCUUGCAAGUUAGAUUUUAAUUGGAAAUUUUAUGGUAUCAAAAUUGAUUUUGUUGAGUAAGUUCCGAGCCUUGUGCA